GUUUGUUGUCACUGUAGUUGUCAAAAUCCUAGUUGAAAGUUGAGUUGUUUUUUUUAUUUUACCUAAAAAAAGUGUUUUUCGUCAUUCAUCUCAUAAGAUAUUCAUUCAAGAAUGACAAUUAGAACCCAGGAAUGCAAAACCCAACCAUGAAUACAACAGCUACAUUAAUAGAAACUGUGCAGUCUUCCGGGGGCCUUCAUUGCUCCAAAGAUGCCCUCACGGAUAUGUACGGAUGGUUCCUGCAAGUACUGUUAGCCAGUCUUGCUUUCACGUGUCUCAUAGCUAAAAGAUUCUGCGAACCUAAACUCGAACGACGAUCUUGGUUGAUAUGGUUCUACGAUACAUCGAAGCAAGGAAUGGGAGCUAUGGCCAUACACUUUGCAAAUAUUUGGCUCUCAGGUCAAUACACUGGAGAUCCUUGUACCUGGUAUUUGAUAAACUUUGUUCUAGACUCAUCGCUAGGACUUUUAAUAUUAUUUGUUGGUAUUAGAUUAGCACAGUACUUAGCUAGAACAAGAGGGUGGUGGGUGAUCAACUUUGGAGAGUAUGGUAAACCACCUUCAGCAAAUGCUUGGAUGGCUCAAUGUUGCCUUUAUGUAUUCCUAAUGUUUAUUGUUAAAUUGACUAUAACAUUGUUCAUGCAAUUGGAUUUUUGGGAGAAUGUGAAGGAUUUCAUUCUAUCUCCUAUACCAGAUCCCAAAGUGGAGCUGGCUUUUGUGAUGCUAAUUAUACCUUUCUUUGUAAAUGUAAGUAGCUGAUCUAAGCAUGUCUGUUACAUUUUUCUCCAGUUACAACUGUGGAUUAAAAUUUUCUCGGAAACCUGUUCUUCACUUUUCACAAUUAAAGCCCGCGUAUCAAGGCAUGGAAAUUUAUCGCAUGACAUGACAGAAGUCGGAUUCAGCAUUUAGAAAAUACCACCUUUACUUAUGUGGACCGCCAUUGUCUGAAAUGGUUACAUAUAGAAUGAAUAUAUAUGUAUAUACAACUUUUCACUCAUUAUUCAUUUAGUUUUGAAACAUUGUUAUCUGUUAAUAUGUCCCUUGGCAAAAAUAUUGCAGACUUGUUCUACUGGUUCACGCUGCAUAUCAGUGAAAUUAGAUAACAUAAACGUAGAUAGCACCAAUAUCUAAAUGCAAAUAUUAAAUAAACACAUUGAAGUGUCUAUUGUAAAUUAUGUAUAAAUUUAUGAUUUGUCAAUAUCACACCAAAAAAAUUGCAUCUCUCGUUAUACUCGUAUCUAUUAUACAUUUCUAUGCAUACUAGUGUGACAUAAGGAGGCUGUAGGAUAAUUUAUGUAUACUAUGUCAUGGAUUUGAAUUCUUGAUUCUUAGCACAAAUAUAACAGUGAUACAAUUAGUGGACAAUAUUUACAGUUUGUUAAUAGACAUAAGAUUCCUCUGUCCAUGUGUGCAGUGAGCAAUUUCCUCUUUAAGAAAAGUUAAGGUCCGCGUAGUACAAUUAGCCGAAUUUCACAGCUGCACGUUGCUCAGUGAAGCUUGCCAUCGUAAAAAACUAAACAAGCACGAAACAGCUCUAGCAAAAAUAAUGACUACAGAGGAACGAAACAAGCCAGAUCGACAACUCGAGUGGCAUUGAACUGGUGAUGAGUUGCGCUGUACGCCUCUAGGGGCAGAAAUGUGUACUACACAAGCUCCGCCCACUGCAAUGCUAUACCGGUUAUGUUUGGAUGUUAAUGUUUUGGGUGACAGACAACUUCUUAAUGUACAAAGACCCGUCCAAACGUAGGAGGAAUAGUUCUGAACAGAGCCUGCUGCAAAAGGCUAACAUCAAAUAUCGCUCGUUAAGGAGGAAAAAGCGAGUGGACUCUGAAAGUGAUAUUUUACUGUCUGGUGAUGAUGAGCUAUUGGAUCCUGAAACAGUGCCCAUUAGUAGAGCUGUCGUUACAUGAGCAUGUCAGAAGGGAUACCAUACACUUCACUCAUCGCAUUCAACUAUCUACAUAAACUGCCUUUCAGCAUAUGGAAGGUACUUCAGUAUAACCUAAGUAUUAUGCUAGGCCUACCUUAUGUAUCGGACAUUUUCACUAUUGUGGAAUCAUUGUGAUAUAGUAUGUUAGAUAAUUUCGUCGAAUUGGUCACUGUCUAUAAAUGUGCCAAUUUUCAUAUCUGCAAUAUUUAAGGUAUAUUUUUGCAGUUGCAUACCUAAAAAUUUUAGUUGGAUAUUACCGGAGACUAAACAGCUAUAUCUUUACUGUCUAAAUUUUGGUUAUAUGCAUAAUUCGUACGAUAGUUUCACAAAAUUCCUUCAUAAAUGAUUUUCAGCUCAGAUUUUGUGUUGACGGUAAAUCUAGGCAAAAAAAAAACAGUGGGAUUGCGAUUGCAAAAAUGUGCAUUUGAAAUGAAAGACGUCAUUUGUGAAGAGUAUCCUAAAAACGAAUAUAUUUUUGAAUUCUUAUGACAUUUGGGAAACAAUUACAGACAAAAGCAAUGGCAUAUCAGUCUUUCUUUUCUUUGUAUUAGUGCCUAUAAUAACUUAAAUAAUAAAGCUGCAUUUGGACUGUUCUAUUUCAACAACGAAUUUUUUAUAUCCAAGUGAAAAACCUUGAAAUCAUCACAAUUUAAUACCUCUUUAUAUACCGUUCUUUUUUUAGCGAAACUUAUUUUGCAAUUGAUAUUCUAGAUUUAUUUUUCUAGGAAACAAAGGAUGUACUUUUAUGACAUAUAUACGUCAUACUACUUUUAGAUUCUUCACAUUAUUUAAAUGAUCAUUUAAUUUAGACCAUUAUCAAGUAUCUCAGCUGUUACCAAAAAGCUUUCUUGUAGACUAGGACAACAAGUGGUACAAUGUAAAAUAUAACCAAAGGAAUUCGAUGCCUUUAUGGCAUGGAUUUAUUUGUUAACCGAGUGUCCAAUUGAACGUAAGGCUGAAAUUUGACUAAUACAAACAGAAAUGAUAUUUAAUAAUAAUUUAAUAACCAUGUUUAAACAACCCAUGUCCGAUUAUCUGUUAGACAUAUCAUGCAGUUUGGCAAUUUUAUUUCAGCAUCUACUGCUAUACAGAGUUGUUUGGCAUAUUUACUCUAUGAAUUAUGUAAGAGGCUAAGUGGAAAUUUUGCUACUCUGUAGCUUUUAAAAAAAAACCAAAAAAUAAAAUUGAACAGAUUAACAUUCGGUUUGAGGAGUUAUUUUAACAUGGGCUGUAAAUCUGCUUUGCAAGUAUUGGUGGAGAUCUAAAAAUGCUUGAGUCUCCAAAUUCAUGUACAAUAACCAUAUACGAAGCUAAGCGUUUAAAGUAUUUCGUUUUGAGAACAAAAAUAUCAGUCCUAGUUUGACUGUAUUUUCUUUCUUUCCAUAAAACGCUUUUUUAAGGAUCAUCAACAUAUAAAUUUUAGUGUGUCGGAAGCCAUUGCGUAGUGGCUUACAGUAAUAUGCUUACGCUAACCAGAAAUAUAGCUGCAUAUUAUGUAUACUUUUAGAGCAUUUUACAAAAAUGUAUAGAUUUUACUACAUAUCGAUCUUCAUUCAUUUUACCCAUCAUGCUCAUCCUAGUAUUAAAAGAAGUCAUAUAUUGGUGCUAUUUUCGUAGGAUAUUAGCUGUUUUAUUCAUUCACUCUUUUAUCAUUAACUAGGGAUUAUUUAGAAAUGAUAUUACUGUUACUGAUAUUAGUCAUUUCCUCUCCGAGAUCUACAGGAUUACAGGGAAAGUUGUGGAUAAUGUUUAAGGACUUCAAAUUUUACUAUAUAAAUGGGUUUUCCAUUAGAAGCGCUCGAUUCUUGUAACGCAAUAAAACAAAUUGUGACAAUGAUAGUGAUCAAUUAUAGCAGCCAAACAUCAACCGUUUGUGAGGCGUUUAGCAUUUGAAGCAUAUCCGUUGACAAUAAUCAUUGGCUGCCCUAUGUGAGCAGUUACUAAUUUCAAAGUCACUGAGUGAUUAUAUUGGAAUUUAUAUGACUCAAAUCUUGGACAUUUUCGAAUGAUGGUUAACAUGUCUUUUAACAAGUAUACAUUUUUGAAAAGCAUCGUAUUUUUUUGUUUUUUUUUUUGUGACAAACAUGCUUGUAUUUGAAAAUAUCUGAUAAAAUUACUAAAAAUUCCAUAUUUAUAUAUUUGCUGUUUCGACCUGUAUGUAGCUGUACCGAUUAUUAUCAGCUGAUAUAAUUGCUGGGGACUCAACUAGGAUAAAAAAUAUGAAUUAGUCGAUAUUACGGACACUAUGAGUAUAUUAUAUGGUUAGAUCUGUGGGUAAUGACCUCAUCUGCAAUGUCCCUAAAUUUUCUCUACGACUUUCCUUGUAACCCGCUUUCAUUUUUUCGAUACAUGAUAUUCGUGACAUUUCCAGUUCCUCUUCCUCUGAUAUUCGGCUCGAUUACCCGUUUUACUCACCACGAUAAACAGCAAUAUCUUUUACACAUCAGUAUGGCUUGCCUAAUGAUUGCAUUUAUGUCGAUUUUCAUUACUUUGAUCGUAGACUGGGAAGUACUUUGUAUUGCGAAAAAUCUGCAUUUGUAAACUAUUUCGUAUCUCAAAACUUUUUUAACUUUUUAAAAGCCUAAAAUCAGGACAUGGGCAUUUUCGUUUUAGCAAUGAUUAUAUAUCCAACUAAAUGAAAACAUGAAAUAGCAAUCAUUGGCAAACUGUGUUUGAACAAAUGCUUACUAUGUUUUAUUCAUUUUUGAUGUUAAAAAGCAACUAUUGUAUAUGCGUUAUUUUUAAUCAUCAUACUGAUGCAGUAAACUAUUUUUCAUAUCAUUCAGGUUGAGAUUAUUCAUUCCAUUCACUAUAUUAGUAUUGUAUAUUAUUAAGUCUGUAAGGAAUAUAUGUGAUUGUAAUUUAAAUCCGUGAACGAAAAUAAAAGUUACCAUAUUUUGAAAAAGUAUAUAUUCAUUUCUCGUCAUAAAAAUAUUGUUUUACUUUAGUAUAAUAUAUUACAAAACAAAUUUAUUACAAAAAAUAACUAUAAUACACAAAUUUGUAAAAUUUACUUAUGCAUGUAUGUACAGAUGAACAGUGGUCAACUAGUGCAGGUGCAAGUAGAAUUUUGGUUAUGUCAUAUGGUAAUGCUUGAUAACAUUGGUGAUGUGUGCUUGAGAGGAAUAACCGCGACAAUAAUAAUUUGAACUUUAAAGGUAUUUAUUCUGAUUAGAAAUUAGAAAUAUAUCUCUCAGAAGUUAUAGUUCUU